AUGGCCAACCAUGUGUGGCUCGGCAGCCAGCCGGCCGGCGGCGCCGCCCUUGCGUGCGGUUUUUCGGCAAGCAGGCCAAAAACCAAGGCCCGACCGGGCCCGGGAGAACGCCGCGGCUGUUCCGAAGCCCGCGGCCGCGCCAAAGGGCAAAGGGUUGACCCCCCUACAAGCAGCGAAGGACCGGCAUGCCUCGCGCCUCCAAAACCUGCAAGGAAGGGCAGCACACGGCAAGCGCAAAUCGGCGCAGAUGCAAGGGGCGCGCGGGAAGCUCUGCCGAGAUGCGCAAGGGCCCCGGGCAGAAGCGCGCGGCGGCGAAGCCGGGCGCGCCAGCAGCCGCGCCAGGAAGGGCGCCCCCGGGUGCGCUGUUCGUGCGAGUGCGCCGGAAGCCCUAGGGGCUCGCUCCGGCGGCGGCCUCCGCCAGGCUGGCCUUCCCGCGUCCUCCAGCCAGCAGUUCCGGGCAGGCCCCCGGCGCCUGCGCAGGCGGCGGGCGCGUUUCAUUCUGUGCCCGCCCUUGAAGAAGAGGCGUGGCGCCCGGCGCCGUGCGGGGUUUUUUCAGAAGGGCCGGCGGUGGCGCUUCGUAGGUGCGCACCGUCGGCAUGGCGCCGCGGCGCCGCUCUGCUCGCUGGCCGGCCGCCUCUCGGAAGGGCGCAGUGGGAUUGGCUAGCCGGGCGUUGUGUUGUUUCUCCAGUUAGUUUGGCUUCUGCUGUAAUGCAAGGCCUGUGAGGCCGUCCCCGUGCGGGUCUCGUGAUGCUUGUCUGCUUCGACCGAUCCUGCAGUAGCAGGCGUUCCGGCUGGAGGCGUUGGCUGA